AAUCCUGGGUGACCGACUGGACAGAAGGGAGAGCCUGCCUCUCCUGAGCCCGCGUCCCGCCAGCUUGUGGACAUGUCUGUGGAAAAGACGACAAAAGUCGAAGAGAGUUUUCCAAGGGUCCUGGGAUUUAAGAAGAUGGUUGACAGGUGGCGAAAUUCACGCGCUCACUCUCUGUGGCAGACGACACUAAGCCAGAGGAGAAACCUGUAUGCUGCCCUAAGGAUGCAGGACACCAUGGGACAGGAGUUGGCACUGGCCCGUAAGCAGCUACUGAUGGUCCGUCAAGCGGCCCUGCAUCAGCUGUUGGAAAAGGAGCAUCGGCAGUACCAGCAGGAACUAAAUCAGAUGGGCAAAGCUUUUUAUGUGGAGAGACUCUGAUGGAAUCUGAAACAAACAAA